AUGGUGGACACCGGUUGUUUCUUCAACAUUGACGGCGGAUACUUGGAAGGACUGUGCCGCGGCUUCAAGUGCGGCAUACUCAGACAUGCCGAUUACCUGAACCUUGAGCAGUGCGAGACCUUGGACGAUCUCAAAUUGCAUCUGCAAUCCACGGACUACGGCCAGUUCUUGGCCAACGAACCCAGCCCGCUGGCGGUGUCCGUCAUCGAUGACAAGUUGCGCGAGAAGCUCGUCAUUGAAUUUCAACACAUGCGCAACCAUGCCGUGGAACCCCUCAGCACGUUCCUCGAUUACAUCACGUACAGUUACAUGAUUGACAACAUCAUAUUGUUGAUCACCGGAACACUUCACCAGCGCCCCAUAUCUGAAUUGAUACCAAAGUGUCAUCCAUUGGGGAGUUUCGAGCAAAUGGAAGCAAUACACGUUGCUGCUACUCCAGCCGAACUCUACAAUGCUGUGUUGGUCGACACACCGUUGGCUCCAUUCUUCGUUGACUGCAUUAGUGAACAGGAUCUCGACGAAAUGAACAUUGAAAUUAUUCGUAAUACUCUGUAUAAGGCUUACUUGGAAUCGUUUUAUGAUUUUUGUAAAAAGCUUGGAGGUAUCACUGCUGAUACUAUGUGUGAAAUAUUAUCGUUUGAAGCUGAUAGACGGGCAAUAAACAUUACAAUCAACUCGUUUGGAACAGAAUUGACUAAGGAUGAUAGAGCUAAGCUGUAUCCAAGAUGCGGCAAACUCUACCCAGAUGGUCUUGCAGCCUUAGCUAGAGCUGAUGAUUACGAUCAGGUCAAAGCUGUUGCUGAAUACUUCGCUGAGUACAGUGCUCUGUUUGACGGUGCUGGCACUAAUCCUGGUGAAAAAACUCUUGAAGAUCGUUUCUUUGAACAUGAAGUGAAGUUGAAUGUUAAUGCAUUCAUGCGCCAAUUCCAUUACGGUGUUUUCUACUCGUAUUUGAAACUUAAAGAACAAGAAUGCAGAAAUGUCGUGUGGAUAUCUGAGUGUGUGUCGCAAAAGCAUCGUGCUCGCAUGGAUAACUACAUUCCCAUUUUCAAAUAA